CCUGGAUACUGGGAGACCUGUGAUUGUUCGGCAUGAACAAUUAGCAAUAAUGUUUUAGCCCUAAUAGAUCGGCCAAAGUCUUUAACUAUAGUUAGUUCUACCUGAGUAUAACACAUUAUGCAUUGACCUGCAUGGAUCGGCAUAAAAUCUGAAGAUAAUUUGGGAGCUAUCCGCGCAGCUGUUGGAAAGCCCUUUUUUGAGGAUACCUGCUCUAGGUAUAUGCUGUGUUGCCCAUUUCCACCGCCCAACGACGUAUGGACAUGUUUAUAAGGCCUACAUCUUACCUAUUCACAUCAGAUGGAGCACAGCUCUUGUCAAAGCCACUUCUCACAGAUUGCUAAUUGCUGCCAAUAUUUGAAGUACACACCCUCAGUGAACGAGAUCGAAAAUAAGAUUAGAUCGAUGGAAUCGUCUGUAUGCCGCGUUUGCCUAGUUAGUUGCGAUGAUAUGGUCAAUGUUUUCGAUGCGUCUCAUGAACCUGGCUUAUCCAUUGCGAAUCUGAUAUCAAAGUGCACUGGCUUUCAAGUUGAGAAGGACGAUCACCUACCCAACACCAUAUGCAAGUCCUGCCUGGAGGAUGCGAAGAACGCAUUCGACAUCAUAGAAUCGUACGAGAGAAGUCAUCAGUUCUAUUGCUUCUUUAAGGAUGUACGCGAGGAGGAAAGCGAAAAUAAGGGAUCCUGUUUUUCCGAAGAAGUGGAAUCAGCUGGAGAGGAAUACCAGGAAGAAAAGAGGACUGAAGAAUGUGUGGAUUCCAGGGAUAAUAAUGUCGAAGCCGACGACGACGAUUCCGGUAAUGAACCUGAUAUUAUUAAAAGCAAUGGCAAGGCGAAGGAUGCAGCCGGUUUUAGCUGUUCCCACUGUCCGAAGUCUUUUCGAACGAAAGGCGGUCUGAAGACACACUUUCGUUUACACACAGGAGAACGUCCCUUCAAGUGCUCCCUCUGCCCCAAGUCCUUUGCCUACAAAUGUGUUCGGCAGAGGCACAUGCUUACUCACACAGGAGAACGACCCUUCAAGUGUUCCCGUUGCCCAAAGGCAUUUUCAAUUUGUCAGAAUCUCAAGGUACACAUGCAGAUACACGAAAGAGAAGAAUCGUUAAAGAGCUCAGACUGCCAAAAAGGCAUUUUAAAUUCUACCAUUCCUAAGCGACUGUUUGCCACGCUCAUCGAUAACAGUAAGUUCCAGUGUUCCCAGUGCUCGAAGGCCUUUCCAGACGAACAUGAACUUAAGAUCCACAUGCGAGAUCACCCAGAACGCCCCUUUAAGUGUUUCCAUUGCCCAAGGGACUUUGUGCUUGAUGCACAUCGUAAGCGACACAUGGUAACCCACAAUGGAGGAUAUCAAGCCCUCAAAACGUGUGGCCGCAAAACACUUCUUCGAACACAGCAGCUAGUCGUCACAAAGCCAUCUAUGUGUGCUGUGUGUUCAAAAAUGUUCAUUGACGAUUUGGCUCUUUCCGCUCACUUGGAAACCCACACUGAAAGAAAAGCCUUCAAGAGUGCCCAUUGCUCUAAGGCUUUUGCACAUCUCCAAGUUCGAAGUCGACACAUAUGAACACACAAGCACCUUAACCUCCGACCUCAAAUAGGAGCAUGCCCAUUAAAGUGUUUCCACUGCUCAAAACACAUGCUGUCGCACACAGACGAAAGGGUCGUAUAAGUGUCCCGAUUGUCUAAAGACUAAAAGACGUCGCUUUGUACCUUAAAACAACACUUGUUAACCAACACUGGAGAGGACGGGUAAUUUUCGAAUGCGCGCAGGCUUUCGACUUGAGCAUCAUCUGGAUCGCCAUAUUUCAGCGCAACCGGAGGAAUACUGAAUUUAGAAUUUACUUCUAAACCAAAUUUAAUUGCGGUUUUGGUUUGGGAAGGACAUUGUUCUUUUUAGUUUGUGCACGCAAAGUAAAUGAAUCCUGCGAAGUACAUGACACUUACACGAACACACGUAUAUCUGCUGUAAUUAUCCGAUCCUGCAAUCGAAGAGUAUUGCAACUAAUAGGAUUUGAUGUUCGCCUAUCGAUGAAAAUUGGACACAAUUGGAGGCAGCUGAUACGAUAAAAAAAAGAAAGGAAGAUAAUUUUGGCAAGCCAAAGCUUACACAUGCUAGCAGUAAUUAUACAUUAAAAUAGGGUUUUAGCGAAUAAGAAUAAGAAUAAUUAGAAAGUAAUUUUGCGAAUGUUCCUAUGGCAGCUAUGUAAUACAAUCGUCCUAUUUCGGAUGAAUUACAUUUAAAAACUUUUGAUAACUAAGAUUUUGUUUUUUCCAUAUAAGUAUUGUAUUAUGUAUAAAUAAAAGCAUUAAUACUUCUUUUGGCUCUCAA